UGAGCCUUGGUGUCCCCGUGUCUGAAAUGAAGGGCCUGGCUCCAGUCUGGGACACGCCAUCCUUCGCGUGCCCACCAUGUCUAGUCCCACCCGAGAGCGGGCACAUCUUCCUGAAUGCAGACAUGGAAGGACUAGGGUGACUACAGCUGCAUGUGAUAGAACAAGAAAUGUUUCACUCUCUCACAAGGAAGUCUAGAGAUGGCAGUUCCUGGAUUUACCAUUGGUGCCUUCAUACUGCUGUUGCACCUUAGUUCUGUGGUUAAUUAUCCCAGUGGAAAAGUGACGAAGUCAUGCCAUGGGAUGGUUCCUGAACACGGUCACUCUCCGCAGUCUGAUCCUGUUCACCACAUUUCAGUGAGUCAGACGACAUUCCUGCCAGGAGAUCAGAUCAAAGUUACUUUGUCAGGGAAGCCAUUUAAAGGCUUUCUCUUAGAAGCUCGUGAUGCUGAGAAUUUGAGUGGCCCUCCUAUUGGCUCCUUCACAUUAAUUGACAGCGAAGUGUCACAGCUUCUGACCUGUGAAGACAUACGGGGAUCAGCUGUGAGUCACACGAGUCCAUCCAAAAAAACAGAAGUCAAAGUCUAUUGGAAUGCUCCAAGCAGUACCCCAAAUCACAUAAAGUUUCUAGUCACAGUCGUUGAGAAAUACAAGAUCUACUGGGUGAAGAUUCCUGGUCCUGUGAUUUCACGACCAAAUGUACCUCCUUUUACAACACCUGAAGCUACAGUAGCACCCAUGCCAACAUUAUCUCCAAUCUCCCAUUUAACCAAAUCAUUCAAUGCUUCAGACUGUGGGAACAAGAAGUUCUGUGUUAGGAGUCCUUUGAACUGUGACCCAGCGAAGGAGCUUGCCUGCGUCUUCUUGUCCUUCACACGCCAUGACCAGUCAGUGAUGGUUGAAAUGAGCGGCCCCAGUGAAGGCUAUUUAUCCUUGGCGCUGUCUCAUGACCGUUGGAUGGGUGAUGAUGAUGCUUAUAUGUGUAUUCGUGAAGACCAGGUUGUGCACAUACAACCUUCCCGUUUGACAGGGCGAAGUCACCCUAUAAUGGACUCUAAGGAUUCUCUUGAGGAUAUGGCUUGGAGGUUGGCAGAUGGUGUCAUGCAGUGUUCUUUCAGAAGAAACAUUACCCUUCCUGGGGUGAAGAAUAGAUUCAAUCUAAACACAAGCUACUACAUAUUUCUAGCAGGUGGUGCAGCUGAUGAUGGUCGAAUUCAUAAGCAUUCUAAACAACCUUUGAUUACAUAUGGAAAAUACAAUGUGACAGGCUCUCCCAAGAACAUAGGAGGAUCUCAUUCUUUACUCAUUCUGAAGGUUCAUGGUGCCUUAAUGUUUGUGGCAUGGAUGACUACCGUUAGCAUUGGUGUACUGGUCGCCCGGUUCUUCAAACCUGUUUGGCCAAAGCCUUUAUUUGGUUAUGCAGCAUGGUUUCAGGUGCAUCGAGUGCUCAUGCUCACUACUUCUGCCUUCACCUUCAUUGCUUUUCUUCUGCCUUUUAUUUACAGAAGAGGCUGGAAUUGGCAUGCAGGUUAUCACCCGUUCCUUGGUUGUACCGUGAUGAUUCUAGCAGUUCUUCAGCUUCUUUUGGCGGCCUUCAGACCACCUUCUCAUGACCCAAGGGAGCAAAUGUUUAACUGGACUCAUUGGAGUGGAACAGCUGCUAGAAUAAUAGCAGAUGUAUUAGUAGUUGGAUGGCCAGCAAUAUUCCUGGGAAUGGAUUUACCAGGACUGGAUCUUCCUGGCCCAUGGAAAACCUAUGCAAUGAUUGGAUUUGUAGCCUGGCAUGUUGGGACAGAGAUUGUUCUGGAGAUACAUGCUUACCGACUCUCUCGAAAAGUUGAAAUAUUGGAUGAUGAUAGGAUUCAGAUCCUCCAGUCGUGUACUGUAGCUGAAGCAGAAGGUCAUGCUUUUAAAAAGAUGGUGUUAGCAAUUUAUGUCUGUGGGAAUUUGACUUUUCUCACUAUGUUCUUAUCUGCAAUCAACCGUCUAUGAGCAAGUGAAGACCUUGGCUUUUGCAGACCAGGUGAUAAUCAUCAUCGAUCCAAAAAACUUGUUCCUAUACCGACUCCCUGGAGCGAAUUCAUGACUUCAAGUUGGGAAGACCAGGCCACGUCUUUUGAGAAAUUCUGAGGUCUGGUCUUUAGAGAUCAACAUUCAGGAAGGUCCUAUGGACCAUAAAUUGAUGUCACAUCUUUAUGUGUAAUUCUGAGCCUUUAUUAAAGGGGAGGCUUUGCUUGAGGAGAAAUAACUCAAAUUUUUUUUUUAUGCUGAAUAUUUGAGAAUAUUAGCAUUUAAGAAAGAACUGUUUGGAAAAACAAAAAAGAUGUCAUUAGGAUAAAAUGGAGAUUAUAUUAAGGCAAAUAUAUUUUGGACUAUAAAGGUGCAAUAGUACUUCAAAGAAAACAUUUAUUUUUACUACUUUAUCUGAAUGGCCUUUUUUAGGAAUUUUUUUCCCCCUUCCUUCUUUUCUUAGGAAUGUUUGACAAACAUGUUUUAAGUACUAUUUUUUUUUUUUGGAAAUGUCGUUUGUUCCAUGUAUUUUGCUACAUUCCUGGUAAGGUGGAAGUGGGGCUAACACCAUUUCAUUAACAUUUAAUAUAUUAUUAAUAUUGUAAUUUCUUUCUUAGUAAUGAAAUGCAAGUAUGUAUCUUCUGAUUAAGAGUGUCUUUAUAUAUUCAGCUACAGAGCUGAAAUGGCAUUUUGUAUGUUAAUCGUUUUGACUAUAAGAUUUAAGUCCAAGCCUUUGGAGAUUAUAGACUU